AUGCUCUUCACACCCUUCCGCUGCCCAUUAACAUCUCCCCUUCUCUGCUCCAAGCUUGGUCUCGUCCGUAAUCCCAAUUCCACCCUUUCCCCGUUUUCAGCCUUUCUCGAGACCUCGAGACAGCCAGAUUGUGCGGUUAAGCAAGGGGUUUCUACGCAGGAUCUCUCAAAAGCAGGACUCGUCUCGACGCCAACACGACCCUAUUUCUAUUCAGAUUGCAUUGGCAGUGGGUGGGUCUUCCAGGCGGUGCAAUUCAGGAAUAGAGCCAAGCAUGACCAGUUGAUGGACUGCCUAAUUCGCAGGUCUUCUAUAUUCCCCGGCGCUUCGGAUGUGCGAGUCAUUGGCUCCUCAAUCACGAGUAUCUACGUCGGCACCCCCGCGCCGAGCCAAGGAAUUUUUAGUGUUUUAAAUUCUUCAGCACCCAGUGACUUUCAAAUAUCCGACCUGUCCUCCCCUUCACUUCAGAGCCCUGCACGAAACGGAUCAGGCAGUCUGAAUACGCCCGCUACAUCGCUACUCACCGGAAAUGGUUCUGGCUCUGCCACCCGACAAGGUUUCCCAAUGCGUUUGGGUCCCCAGAGAGACCCAGAUUCGCCGUGGACGUCGUAUGAUCAAUUAUCGUCCGCACGCAGGACCUGGUUCCAGAUCUAUCACCAGCAGAUUACGGCCAAAGUAGCACGCGGAUUUCCCCUCGGUAUUCCAGGCCCGAACGAGUUUUCGCCUCUUGAACAUCGGCGUAUGGGGGCAGAAAUAGGUGACGUCGGUGUGUUUACGCAAGAAGGCGCCUUUUUGUUUUUCUUCAACAUCUUAUAUCCCCGCGACCAUCUCUACAAUCCUCCCAAUUUACCCGACGACUUCCGUCCUUUGGAACCGGGAUUCAGCGAUGUGUCCGGUGACUAUGCGGGGUAUUCCGACCAUUUUCACGGACGGAAAUUCGUUGCCAGCCGAUCGGUAGCUGAGUCAAGUACCGCGGGUGACUCUAAAGAGAUAUUGUUCAUUCUAGAUCGUCAUUCCGACAGCGCUAUCCUCGCUAUUCCCGAGCCCGUCGAUUCCAAGGAUCUCGUUAAUGUCGCUAGACUGGAACAGUUCGUGAGCGAAAAUGCGAAAGCCUGGUAUAACUACGUUACGGACACACGCGGUUAUCCUUGCCUAAACGGCCAUCUACAUGUCAUCACAGGCCGGGAGAAGACCACGGCCUGGGGAAUGGCGGUUGCAGAGGGCUCCCCAAACUAUACUACUGGAGGGGAAUUCCAAUUAUCCUUCAAUCGUGGCAGCGACAGGACCAGUUAUCACUGGGAUUGUCACAAUGGGUGCGCCGAGUUCAAGACAGGACCCUCUCGCGACGAGGUAGAGCGGUUACGAGAGAUGGACCCUUCCGAGAACAAGCCAGAUAAAUACAAGAACCAGUGUCUCUUCGUCAGGACGCUCUGUGUCACACUGUCCGAAGACGCGUGGAACAGGCGUGGUCGCCACGACAGCGAGGGAGAAGGUGGAUCCGACGAGUCACAUGAAAGUAGCGGACGGUCGAGUCCCGAAGAUGACGCCUCGGGUCCCAAAGGGACAGGGAGAAACGGUGGUAUGGGGUUGCUACGUAGAUCCAUUCUCUCUCGAUUCUUCGGCGAGAAAUCUCGAGAUUACGGAGGCUCGGACUGUGCAAGUUUGCAAACGAGUACCGUGGAAAAUCCUCCGUCCAGUGUGGCCAUCGAGAAUCAACGCAGGCCUUUACCAUCCUCGCUUGAUCAAGUUUCAAUUGUCGUAAUGCCUUUACUGCCUAUGAAUUUCCCCUUUCUGGAGGUGGACACGGACGAAGAGAAUCUAACCGUCGCACACCCUCUUCAGUACAUCAAUGCACAACUGGCGCGAAGAAUACCUGGUUGCAAAGUGAUUGUUACUGGCCAUUGGCUUUGGGAACGACUCCUGAAUGGAGACGACGAAACGAUGCCUUCGAAUGAGGAGCUCUUCCGACGGGUCUGCGACAAUUACGUGGUUGUGCACAAGGAUGGUUCGUCUUAUCGAUCCCUUCCACUGACCCCAGAUUAUUCCCUGAAUGAAAUUCCUCAGACGCAGUUUUCUUGA